AUGGUCCUGAAGUGCGGAGUCCCGUGGGAUGCAACCAGCUCGUCCGACCGAUGCCCGGAUGCGGUCGUAUCAGCCCGAUCUCGCCAGGAGUCAUCUCGAAGGGACACGCUUCCGGCGACGGUGAUGGGGUCGCCCGAGAGGGGGCCAAGGAGCCUGGGCGGCCCCACCGACGCGUGUCCUCUGGCGGUGCUCAACUGCCUUACUCAGCUAAAGUUUUUAUGGAAGGCCCUGAAAGCUUAUCGAGUUCCCGGUCGGGUUUUGGCCCUGGUGGCGAUGCUGUCUAAGGGCAUCCUGCGGUGGGCCAGGAUCGACACACACGAACUGGCCAACCCUGGGCCCGGUUAUCUGCUUUCCGGAGUUGCCCGUGUCAACACGGAUACGGAUAGGGGAGAUGGGCUUGGCUGCUAUCCGUUCCGUGUGACCCGAACCACAGUGUCAAUGUGUUUUGCAUACUUUACACAGAUGAGUCCCGUACUACAGUACCAAUUAAGCGCAGAAUCGUUGUGCCGUGAUUCGCUCGGCGCUACCGACGAUCCGCCGGGGAUUGAUGAACGAGGUCGUAUACAACCUGCAGAUCAACCCGUGUCCUAG